UGAGUGCCAACGACUACUACAACGCAGGAAAGCCCCAGGAGCAAUACGGACCUCCCCAGGGUGGUGGCUACUACCCCCCUCAAGGUCCUCCUCCCGGACAGGACGGUUACUACCCGCAGGAACCCCAACAAUCAUACCAGGGUGGCUAUAAUGGCCCUCCCCCUCAAGGGUACCCUCAGCAGGGGUAUCCUCAGCAGGGGUACGCACCGCAACCUCCUCCUCAGACGGUCUAUGUGCAACAAGCCCCUGAGAAAAGUGGUGGUGGGGCGUCUACUGGUUGCAUGGCCUGCUUAGCGGGUCUCCUUCUCCCAAAUCCUUCAAACAAAAUGCUGUCGAGGCUCUCUGCUGGAGCCUUCAAGAAAGCGGCCAGCGUAGGGGCUUCACGGUCCUCGACGCUUCUCUAUGGCACGCGUUCCGGCCCGGUCCGCUUUGCGUCGUCCAAGGCCUCUGGCUCAAGCACUCUUGACGCUGUCAUGAGCUCGCGCGCGACGCUGGUUUCCGUCUCUCUUUUCACUGCCGGUACAAUUGCUUGGUACACGCACCUUUAUGGCAACCUUCCUUUCCUCGGAGAAGUACACGCGAGCCAUCUCAGCGACGAGGGCCUCCAUCCAUCCAAGUAUCCUUGGUCGCACAAUGGCUGGUUUGACACCUUUGAUCACGCUAGGAUUCGUCGAGGAUACCAGGUUUACCGUGAAGUCUGCGCCGCGUGCCAUUCGCUUGACCGCAUCGCCUGGCGCAAUCUUGUUGGCGUGUCGCACACUGUGGAGGAGACGCGGGCCAUGGCUGAGGAGGUGGAAUAUACUGACGGGCCGAACGGUGAGGGCGAGAUGUUCCAAAGACCGGGGAAGCUUUCGGAUUACCUCCCUGCUCCUUACCCCAACGAGGAGGCCGCCCGAUCAAGUAACGGUGGUGCCCUUCCCCCCGACCUCAGUUUGAUCGUCAAGGCUCGCCACGGUGGUGCUGACUAUAUCUUCUCUCUUCUCACUGGCUACGUCGACCCUCCUGCUGGCGUUGAAAUUCGUGAAGGCAUGAACUACAACCCCUACUUCCCUGGUGGUGCCAUUUCUAUGGCUCGUGUCCUCUUCGACGGUCUCGUUGAAUAUGAUGAUGGCACUCCCGCGACAACGUCGCAAAUGGCGAAGGAUGUCGUCACUUUCCUGAACUGGGCAGCUGAACCAGAGCACGACGAGCGCAAGAAGUACGGAAUCAAGGCUGUUAUUAUCUUCUCCACUCUCUUCGCCAUCAGUGUGUAUGUCAAACGCUUCAAGUGGGGUGUUAUCAAGAACAGGAAAAUUAGCUACAAUCCCCCUGUUGAUAAAACACAUUAGA